CAAUGAUAAAAGGUUAGUCCACUUCAUAACUUGGUGUGUAUCGGACGCAUGUGUCGUAUUCUCUACCUCCGCAAUUGAAAAGUUCGUCUAGAGUUGAGUUGUGCUAUCAACCACUUCAAUGUGUGUUUCGUGUUCAAAAACAAACAAGUUUGACAAAAUUGGAAACGAAGAUUCACGAAAUAAGAGUUCUAUCUUUAACAACACAAACUGAUCUAGCUUGUUCCUCGAAUGCAAAACAUAUUAAAACAUAUUUAAUCGUGUAAACAGAGCGAACUCAUGCUUAAAUUAGAAAGUUAAGUCAAAUGUUUAUAACUCAGUGCGCACAACAGCUAGGAUAAGCAAUUUAUUAAAAAUGUUUAUACAGUGAAGAAUUUGAGCCCUCUGACAACAGCGUGUUUUCCAUGUAAAAAGUGUAAUAAAAUCAUAACAAAUAAAUUUCAACUAAUGCAGUUAACUUAUUUUUUAACAUGUAUAUACAGUAAAUUAGUAACUAAACGUUUUGCACUCGCUUAGCUAUUGGGAUGAAGCUAGCAGAAACAUAUGAUAGAAAAUUAAGUAAAUUUUUCUAACAUUAAUAACGAUAAAAGUGAUACGAAAAUAAAAAAAACGAUAAGAGUGCCGAGUGAAAAUCGCCAAUAGCAACAAAUUAACGAUGUUCACCCCAACAAAACUCAAACAAUAAAUUUGCAACAAAACCAGCGAGAGGCAUGGCAGGAUACAACGAAUUUUGUCAAGACAUAUCUCAAAGUAACCACAAAGUAAAACAAAAUCAAAACAAAAAGCGAAAUAAGUGCUCGCAUGCAUAUUUCCAAAAAUAUCAUUUGAGUGAGCCCAAAGAAAAAAUAUGCGAAACUUUGCACAGCAGCGCUUGCAACGAGUUGGUAGCUACAACGAAAGUGGGCAUUCCAGCCUCUACUAUAAUUCCGUUUGAACUUGCGUAUCUGAUAUUGAAACGGCGUGAAAAAGAACGUGAGGAGACAGCAUUGGGAACGCAGUCGACUGCCGCCGCCUACGAAAUCGGGAAACAGCCAAAUUUUCUGCAUGCCACCAAGAAUGCUUAUGAUUUAUUCGCGGCCAAAAUGCUGCAACUUUCCAAUGUCGCUAUUGAUACUAAAUACAAAUACAACAAACGAAGGCGUACACAUAUGAAAACGAACGUAUUGGCUGAUGACUGUGUAAGCAAUUGCGAAACUCCAUGUAGCCGACAAAAGCCACGACAACAGCCGAGGUCAAAGCAAAUUAGUGCGCCAGGGCAAUCAGCAACCAACAACUUCCAACACUGGCCAAAUAUUGUUGGCGCUGCGACAACUUCACCAGCAACUAAGUUGCUAGCAGCGCCAGCAAUUACAAUGCAUGCCACCAACGUUGCUGAAAUGUCGACUGCAGUCUUGCGGUCAGACGUUAGUACCUGCAUGUGUUCUGACACGAUCACAAGAACAACUGCGAGUGGUGAGUUCGCCUCCUCCUCCCCUCUGAGGAGCGAAGUAUUUUUAGUUGCAACACCCAAAUCAAGUAGCAGCCAGCAUACUAGAAUGCCAUCAACUAUAAAGUCAAUUGGUAAGCCAAUUACAAUAACAAAAACAAUCAAAACCGGCGUAUUAAGCUUAGUACGAAAUGCAUUUUUAAUGGUUGGUUUAUUAUUAACGGUAUUGACACUGCAACGUGUGAGCGGACAGUACCUUUUAUCGAUAGCUACAACUACAGCGGCUGCGACAACAACCACAACAGAAGCAACUACAACAAGAAGCAUGUUUGCUAUUGUAGCAGCAAAACGUGCAGGCUUAACAACAACAAAUCCUGUGAGUUCUGCAUAUGAUAAAUCAAUGUACGAUAUAAAUCAAAUAGAUAAUUAUAAUGAUAGGCAAGCGAGUUAUCAAAGUGAACCACACAGAAAAAAACCAAAAACAAAAAAACAGAGUGAACAAACACAACACAGUGAGCAAACGCUGUUGCCACAAACUCAAUGGCCAGUAACUGAUUUUGACGCGCACUCGUCCAAUCGGUGGCAAAAUCCGGUGGGCGUUUUGUCAAGUGCCGCUACAAACACCAAAUACAAAUUUACGCCGCGCAGUUAUGAAGCCGAAGAUCAAUCGUACACCGGCAGUUGGCGUACAACUAUCCAGUGCAACAAAUCAUUUACACACGCUCCAACGAGUACAAGUACAACGAGUCGAUCUCCAAUCCACGAAAGUAAUCAACGCAGCUAUUUCAGCUACUUGUCUACAGCAAUGCCAAAACUACAAAGCGCGCAUGAGCACAACAAUAGUCUGAUACCAUUUAGUAAACAUAUUUAUAACCAAUCGAAAAAAAGAAAAUUAUUUAAUGUGGCACAAGCCGGAGGGCGCCAACAGCAAUUAGCAACUUUGCAACGUAGCAGGCGAAGUGCAGUCGGUUCCAUUGUUACACAAAGCCAAAGUAACAAUUCAAAAUUGCACUUCACUAGCAAUAUAAAUACUGAAUACCAGCAACAACACAAUUUUAAUAAACGCACUUUCCAGGAUCAGCUUUUUACAGCAUCAGCUGUUGCUGACGAAAGCACCGAUAGCACUGCAGCUGUUGGUAUUGAUAACAAUUCAAAUAUCAGCACCAAUAGUUACGCCAUUAAACACUCGAAUGGGUUUAAGGACUCAAGUCGGAACAAGGAGCAUAAUAUAAAUGACCAAAAGCUGCUUAAAUUGGUAAUGGACGGGUUGGGUCUACAACAAUUACCGAAUAUGAAAAAAGUUAACAUUAGUCAACAUGAAUAUGUGACCAAGUAUCGGGAAUAUUUGCGACGCGUGCAUGAACGUAAGCGACGUGAACUAUCUGAAUUGCCAUAUACUUUAGGAAAUAAAUCUGAAUGGGAAUUAGAAAAGGUGCCGCUACAUAUAGUAAGCAUUGCUCCGAAUGUCACGGAAUACGGAACUUAUACGCGUCGAAAACGAAACAUACAAGAUUUCUUGGAAGAUUUCCACCCCAACAAAGAUGGCGAAACUGUUACUGACAACUUCUUGUUGCCACGCAAGCAGCGAAACAAUGACGGCAAAGCGCGCCAAAAACAAAAGGGCAGAACAACUAUGAUUCUGCAUUUUGCGCUGGAGAAAAACGCUGCGCAAUUGCAAGCCGGCGAUGUCGAAGAAGCCAACAUACGACUUAUGUUAAUACACAGCUCAGCUUUGGCAGUCAAGUCUAAUAAGAAAAAGCAGAAAUCCAAAAAUCGGCCAUGUGGCAGCAAAAGCGGAGAGAAAAGUAGUAGAGGACAUUCUAACGCCACGGCGGUCAAUAAUAAGCAGUUGCAUAUUUUGACUUUGAAGGUAUAUCAACGCUUGGCACAUGGUAAGCGCGUGUGGCUCGAUAGCAGUAAAGUAAACAUCGAGCUAGAUCAGAGUCACACAGAUGAUACGCACAGCCAAUGGCUGCAAUUCGAUGUAACAAAAGCUGUGGAGACGUGGUUGCGCGAGCAGCGCUCCAAUCUGGGCUUGGAGGUGCAGUGUGACAAUUGCCAACGUGUUGGUGUACGCAUACUAAACGACAUGUCAUCGCCAACCAAUGCCGACGAUACAGACGCCGACGAUGCACAAUUAAUGCCGAUUUUGAAUAUAAUUGGUCGACUUGGCGUGUCCUACAAGGAGAUCAGAUCCAACAAACAUUCCAAUUCCGCUGAGGCGACACAUCACCAUCACAAUGUGGCCACAUUCUCUAAUGGCCGACAACGGCCCAAGGGAGCAAUUGAUAAACAUGCCUGUCACAAGGCCAAUCAACGAUGCUGUCGGCACACAAUGGAGGUGGUAUUCAAGGAAAUCAAAGGUUUUGAAUUCAUAAUACAGCCAAAGGUAUUCGAUGCUGGGUACUGUCAUGGCCGUUGUCCGCCGCGUUAUAAUCCCGCCCACCAUCACGCCAUGCUGCAGAGCCUCAUAUGGAAGCAAAAUCGCGAGCGCGCACCACGUCCCUGUUGUGCGCCUUCGAAACUAGUCGAACUUGAAGUAUUACAUGUGGACGAGAAAGACAGUGAAAAACUGAAGAUCUCCACGUGGACUGACAUGCGUGUGGUUGAGUGUGCCUGUUCAUGAAUAUAGCACAGCCACCACAGCGAUGCCGUUUCUGCUAUUCCAAUAGCAAUAACUGUCUAUUGGCCAGUAAGACUACAAUUGUGUGAUAGCGGAAUGAGUUCUAUAGUAUUUAAUAUCAAUUAUUUAUUUAUACACUACAUAUACACAUACAUAUACGGACAUAUGUCCAGCCACUAUAAACGGGCUUAAUAUUUAUUCAUAUAGUACACAGAAUCGAGUAAUCAUACAUAUAUACACUUACAUAUGUAUAUAUUAUAUUUAACAAUUUUUUAUGCAUAAGUUGUUUUUACAUUGUCUAAGUUUUCACCUUAAGCUGAUUGCACAGUGUGCUAACGUGCUUUAUACUUUUACUUUUCCAUAUACUUUUCUAUACAUGUAUGUAUGUAAAUUGCCGUUGCCGAAAUACCGUUCUUAUUUGUUGAUAUACAAAUGUGAUAAGUCCAAAAACAAAACAAUAUUAAUAUACAUAUGUACAUAUGAACGCCUUUAACAUAUAAUAAAAAUUUGACACCAGUUUUUUGC